CUUCCUGAACUGAUAGGGAAGUAGCAAAAUAUAGCGCACGGCAUGCUCACGGUUUCAAUGGCCGCUGUGCGGUGAAGGCGACGUUCGUUUAUGGUGCUUUAUGUUACGAUAGUAAUGUAUCAUUCUCAAUUACUCGUGUCGCUAAUAAUUGGUGUGCUGCUAUGUGUGCGGGUUGCCUAUGCGAGCAAAGUUUUGGAAUUGAGUGACAGGUUUCUCGACGUGCGGCACGAAGGGUCGUGGCUUGUCAAGUUUUAUGCACCAUGGUGUGGCCACUGCAAAAUGCUGGAACCGAUUUGGAGCCAGGUAGCUCAAAGCCUUGCAGAUACGGACAUUCGUGUCAGCCGCGUAGACUGUACGCGGUUUACCUCUGUGGCAAUGGAGUACAGCGUCAAAGGUUUUCCCACAGUACUAUUUAUCAAAGGAGACAAGACCGUUGAAUACAAGGGAGAUCGAAACAGGGAGGAACUUGCAGAGUUUGGACGUAGAAUGGAUGGACCACCAAUUCGUGACUUGACGGCAUGCGAUGACUUCAAGGUAAUGCGGGACCGGCACAAAGUCGUCUUUGUCUACACUGAUGGAGAAAAAGGAAAAGGUGACUCCAACACGCUAAAGGAAAAUUUUACAAAAAUGGCAGAAGAGUUCCAGCCAGUCAACUACUUUUUCACAGUACCGUCUUCGUGUAUUAGUCAGCUGGGGGAAAAUAUGACUCCACCAGCAACACCUGCUGUUUAUGUGGUCAAGGACAACACUGGCUUUCUAUAUGAUGAAAACAGUGCUUUAGAACAAAACAUGACAUUUCUUGACUGGAUGAAUAGAGAAAGGUUUCCAACAUUCCAAAAAAUAACUUAUGGCAAUUUUCACCAAAUACUGAAGACAGGAAAAAAGAUCGUGACUGCAGUUCUGGAGGAGAACCAGAUUGGGAAAGUUACCAUGCGUAUGCAAGAAUUCAAAGACAUGCUCGAAGCAAUUGCUUUGAAUACACGGGAGUUAUUCCAUGAGCACUUUGUAUUUGGCUGGGUUGGGACGCCUGAGAUUGCCAAUUCUGUGGCCAUGAUGCACCUGCCAGUCCCUAGUCUCCUGGUGAUUCAGCCUGAGACAUACCAGUACUACUUGCCCGAGGGCCACUCGCGCGAGCAGCCCCCGUCACCACAGGCAGUGCUGGAGCUGCUGAAUACCAUUAUGGAUGGCUCUGCUGUGCCAUAUGGGGGAGACAGCUUUCCUUACAGGCUGUACCGUGCAUACUUUGAAGCCAAGACUGCAUUAGCGGGAAUGUGGCGAGGAAACCCUGUCUUAACUGCCGUCCUGUUUGGACUCCCAUUGGGCUUUCUGAGCAUUAUCUGUUAUACCACAUGUUGCUGUGAUGUCCUUGAAGCAUCUGAUGAUGAUGAUGAAGCAGAUGAGGCAAGUCAUGAGAAGAAGGAGUGAGAAACACAACUGAGCCGUCAUUAUGUUGGGAAGAAAGAAAGCAAAAGGCAUACCUGUUAUGCCAAUCCUAAUAACCAACAAGCAGUGGACACCGCCAGAUCACUGCCUGCAGUCAACGUCUCACUUUUUAGUUCUCUUGUCAGCCAUGAAAAUGGAGGCAGGUCAACUUUAUAUGUAAAUGAGGCAUGCAGUCAACUAGUAGAGCUGCAGUAUGUGCAGGGGCGCAGAGAAAGAAUAAUUCUUGCUCCAUGUGCAGCAGUCAAGCUGCAGCAUGCAUGCUGUUCCGAUGUUGCUUAGGAUGGAAAAAAUUGUGGAGGGCUUCGAGCUUGCAUUGUUGAAUGAAGGAAGGAUUAUUGUGACAGAGGUAUUUUGCUAAGCUGUACCUGUUUAGGGACCCAAGUAUAUAUGAUUGGGACCUUUGCUGUGCUCAAGCAGCUGUGUUUCAGCGUGCUUGAGUGGACUAAUGACGAUUUUACAAGUAGCCAUGAACUGGCUGGAACUUGUACAUAGUGCAUUGUUUAUAUUGUUUUGAAGAAUGCCUCAAUCUCAAUGUCUGGGUUAUUUCAUGCCAAGCCUUCUUGUUUUGAGGGGUGUGUGGUUUCUCUAUUGUAUUAUACAACGUCUAGGAGAAUGACAUAUUUUAAAGCAAUUCACAUCUCUUUUUGUAAAAUUUUUACUUGUAUUAGCUGCCACUUCCUUGUUUUGUUAGCAUAUCAAAUGCAUCCAUCCUGCAGAGAAGCUAAAUGUUUUAAAAUCCUUGAAUACCUACUUAUUGAGCACAUUUGUUUUACAUAGUAUUGUGAACAUGUAAGAGUGCCAGCAUAUUGUUUAGUACAUUAAACAGGAUACUAGAGCUGGUUGUGGGCAUUGAUAAAAGACAGUUCGACUCUACUGCCUGAAUAGCUCUGUGCCAUCAUCAAUGUACACAAUCCCACCAUUUUUACAUGUUGAUGCUUGCCUUUGUCUUUGAAAGAAAUGAAUGCCAGCAAUGUCUCUAUCUGAACUUAAUGUAUUUGUCUCAUAAAACACUUUGUCAAAUUUA